AAGGAGGCUCGGGGGCUGCCGCGGUCGCCAAUGAAAGGCGCCGGUCGGGCGGCGCGCCCUGGGUGAGCGGCGGGUGCGGCGCGGGAUGGAGCUGGGGCCCGGCGUGCAGAAGAUGUCGGUGAGCCAGCCGCAGUCAGGAAGAGGUGUGCCUUGUUUACGCUGCAGAGGGAUGUGCAUGGGCUUCGAGCCACAUUCUUGGAGGAAAAUCUGCAAGUCAUGCAAAUGCAGCCAGGAGGAUCACAGCCUGAGCUCAGACGUGGAGGACGAUCGGAAAAUUGGGCGCCUGCUGACAGACUCCAAGUAUGCCACGCUCACCGCCCGGGUGAAAGGAGGUGACGGCAUCCGCAUUUACAAAAGGAACCGCAUGAUCAUUACCAACCCCAUCGUCUCUCGGAAGGACCCCACCUUCGACACCAUCACAUACGAGUGGGCUCCCCCGGGGCUCACCCAGAAGCUGGCCAUGCAGUACAUGGAGCUGAUCCCAAAGGAGAUGCAGCCGGUGGCGGGGACGGACGGGGCGUACUAUCGCCGGCGGCAGCUGAUGAGACAACUCCCGCUGUAUGACCAGGACCCGUCCCAGUGCCGCGGCCUCGCAGAGGGCGAGCUGAAGCUGAUGGAAGACUUUGUGAAGAAGUACAAAGCCGAGGCACUGGGCGUUGGGGAGGUGGCGCUGCCGGGCCAGGGCGGCAGCGGGAAGGAGGAGGAGAAGAAGCCCCAGGACAAGAGCAUCGCUGCCGGCAAACCCUCCGAGUCCACCAAUGGGGCCCUGGAGCGCGCACCCGCGGAAGGGCUCUACCGCUGCGAGACCUGCAAGCAGGCGGUGCCGGGGGACUGCCCGGUGGUGUACGCCGACAGGGCGGGCUACUCCCGGCAGUGGCACCCGGCGUGCUUCGUGUGUUGCCGGUGCUCCGAGCCCCUCGUCGACCUCAUCUACUUCUGGAAGAGCGGAGCCGCCUGGUGUGGGCGGCACUACUGCGAGAGCCUCCGGCCACGCUGCGCCGGCUGCGACGAGAUCAUCUUCUCGGAGGACUACCAGCAGGCAGAAGGGAUGGCCUGGCACAAGAAGCACUUUGCCUGCCUGGAGUGCGAGACGCUGCUGACCGGCAAACCCUUCGCUCUGCACAACGCCAACCUCCUGUGCACGACCUGCAGCAAAAGCAAGCGCCUCUGAGCGGGGAGCAGCCCGGGGGCACAGCGGGCUCCCCGAGGUCCUACCAGCACUGGGCUCAUUUGAUGAGUACACGAGAAAGGGAAGGUUACAAAAAAAAUUAGAGCCUGGCUAUUCACUUGCAAGCAACUAAGUGCCCCCUUGCAUCCAAUACAGCUUGCGGGGGAAUAUUUCCUUGGGGAGGAAGCAAAGGAAAUUGGUACGCCUGCGGGUGGGAGGUACACGGCGUAUCUGACUAGGAGGGACUGAAAAGGAGGGGCUGUGCUGUGCUGGUGUUUAUAAAGUCUCUCCAAGCUUCUUAUGACUAAGAUUUUGCAAUAAUCUUUUGGAAAUAACACAUCUCAAAAGUAACUUUUGGCAUACUAAACCCAUGGUCAUGGUCAAAAACAAGGGUUGUUGGUAUUUUUUGAAAUCCAUACUGGAAGUUUACGCUAACAGGCUGCUGACAACUGUACUAAAGCAAUGGGUUUGAGGAAUUUGAUUAACCUGGGUGCUUACCUUCUGAAAGCAAAUGAUAUAAAAUUGCAGCAACAUAUAACUGUAGCUUUCUCCUCCAAAGUGUUCAAUAAUGUAAAAAAAUAACGAAUUGGCCCGCGGGGCCCUUGGUUUAACCCCGGGGAGGUGGGAAGGGUGCAGCUCUGCCCUGGGACGACCGGCUGGCUCAGCCCCCGAGAGCUCUGGCCCUGGGAUGGGGAUGCAGCAGCAUUCCCGGCCGGUCCCACCAGCCGCGUUCCCGGCCCCCGCCUGCCCCCCACUGCCUGCUCCUGCGGGCGAGCGUGUCUCCACAGAGCGGCAUUGUGUUCUGCCGCGACUCGGGAGGUCGUUAAGCAUUUAAAGUGUGGCCUUUAUUUCGGCUGGGUCUGACCAGGGAUUUUAUGGAAAACAGCUUUCCAGCCUAAGCUGUCUUGGGGGGAGGGGGUAUGCCUGAACUGCUGCAAUGCCAGAUUUUCCCUGUACCCUAUCUGUGCCCCCCCACCCCCAAAACCAGUGUACCUUCCCCUCAGAGCCGGCAGCACCCUCGCCCUGCAUGCUGCGUAGCUCUGUGUCCCUCAGGGAGGUGCCCGUACCCCCUUGGAGCCGAUGGGGUGACACUGCCCCGGGAUCCAGCGCCGAGUCUCUGUGGAUAAUCCAAUUUGUUCCCUACAUCAAACAAUGCUUCUGGUAGCCCUGAAAAUAUCAGAUAGUCUAGGCUGGCAGAUGUCUGUGUGCUUGAUCCUUUUUUCAUAUAUUAAAUGUGUUAUUUGCCAGAGAACUGGAAUACUUUUUGCAGAGGUGAGUGUGCAAGGAGCUCACGAUUGCUAGGUUUUCUUUCUGCUACAGAAGAUGCUGUUUUUUCUUUAAAGCAUGCUCUGUGCUACGGAUGUUUGCUUGCUUAUGAUAAAAUAACUUGCAUGUGAGAGUCGGGGGGAACCUGUGCAAGCUGCAGGCCAGGCUCUGCCCCCCCAGGGGAUGCCCAUCCGUUGCAGUGUUUGAGCAGGUGAGACCCACAUGGUGUAAAGACACAUCUGGAUGUGGGGGGUGAUGCCCUCUUACACUUCAUCCAGCCCCGUGCUGUUCCGUGGUUGAUGUUGCUGGAAACGCGGGGGUAGUUAAAGAGCAGAGCAGAACAUCCCGAGGUGACAGCGACAGCCGUAGCUGGGGGGUGACGGGUGUGUGUGGCAGGGUACCGGGGUGCAUGUGCUGCUGGGGUCGUUUGUCCACCUCAGGUUAUUUAGUGGAUGCGUUGAGUGCCUGGGGGUGUCCUGAAACUCGGUCGGAUGCUGCAAGUCAAGAGAGGAGGUGUAGACCUGAAGUUGUGCAAGGAAUAAUAAAGGUCCCUUGGAUACGGGCACUUUGGUUCUAAGUAAAGUGGGAAUGAAAAAUAAAGCUCAGUGCUUAAUUUA